UAGACAACGAAAUGAAUAUUGCUGUUUUGUUCGCGGCGCAGAAUCUUUUCACAUUAUUUUUAAUUUUAACUAAAAAAAACUACAAUUCUUAAAACAAAAUUAUUGCCCCGUCACGUAGCAAAUACUAAAUUCACCUGUUGUUAUCUAAAAAAGUGCAUCAAUAGAAACUUGUAAAAUAAGAAGUCGAGAAAGUUUGUAAGUUAGCAUGGCGGGGCAAAAAUUCCAGUAUGAUGAAAGUGGUGGAACAUUUUAUUAUUUCCUCCUAUCAUUUCUCGCAUUAAUUCUUGUACCCACAACCAUUUAUUAUUGGCCACGCAAGAAAAAAGAAGAUGUUAACAAGCUGAAGGAAGAAUGCUUAUGUCCAGACUGUAUAAAGAAAAAAGCGAUAUUGGCGGCCGCGGAGCCCUAUCGUAUGCUGAAAUCAUUACUAAUUAAAUUGUGUUUAGUAUUUGGUUGGGCACUGCUUGUAUUACUUGCAUAUCGGGUAUCCCAAUUUGAUUAUGAAAUGGCCAGUUUCGAUCCAUUUGAAAUUCUACAGUUGCCCCCUACCGCCUCCAUGGAGGAAAUAAAGAAAACGUAUCGUGAAUUGUCAAGAGUACUGCAUCCAGAUAAACCAACCGGUGACGAAAAAUCUUUCAUGAUGUUGCGAAAAGCGUAUCAAGCACUCACAGACGAAACAGCCAAGCAGAAUUAUGAGAAAUAUGGCAAUCCUGAUGGACCCGGUGCAAUGUCUUUUGGCAUAGCUUUGCCAUCAUGGAUCGUCGAGAAAGAAAAUUCCGUAUGGGUACUUGGUCUAUAUGGCUUGAUAUUUAUGGUAGCUUUGCCAUCUGUAGUAGGCAUGUGGUGGUAUCGUUCAAUACGUUUUUCAGGUGAUAAAGUUCUGUUAGAUACCUCGCAAAUGUAUUUCUAUUUCAUACAUAAAACACCACAUAUGUUAUUGAAGCGCGCUCUUAUGAUACUUGCUGCUAGUUUAGAAUUCGAUAAACGGCACAACUCACAAGUCGUCGAAAGACAAUCUGACAACGAAGAAGUACCAGUACUUAUUCGACAAUUGCCUAAUCUAAAUGAAAAGUGCAAAGAGCACCCUCUCUGUCGGAUGUAUUCGAUCAAAGCACGCGCUAUAUUACAUGCUCACCUCUCACGUAUUCCUCUUAACCCAGAAACAUUAGAGAAGGAUCGUCAAUUUAUUGUUAAAAAGUGUCCAUACCUAAUUCAAGAAAUGGUGUCCUGUGUACAUCAAUUAGUUAUGUUGGCGUAUGCGAGACGAGUUCCCCGUCUUCCCAGUAUUGAGACUAUAGAAAACUGCAUGAAAAUGUCUCCUAUGAUUAUUCAAGGUUUGUGGGACUAUAAAUCUCCUCUACUUCAAUUACCUCAUCUCACUGAAGAUCAGCAUCUUUACUAUAUCAACAAAAAAAGACAUAUUAAAAAUUUGCAGCAAUUUGCGCAAUUAAAACAUGACGAAAGUAGGCAGCUAUUAAAAAGUCUUUCGGACUUUGAGUAUGAAAAUGUUAUGAGAGUUUUGGGGAAAUUGCCACUGAUUGAUUUCUCCAUUCGCUGCGAAGUUAUCGAUGAUGAGAAUACAAAUGUUGUAACUGCUGGCGCAAUAGUAACUGUUACGGUAACGUUAGUGCGUAAAGACAUGAAGACAUUAUUUGGUGAUGCCAAAGUACCAGAAAAACAAGGUAUCAAGGAUGACGAUGAAGCAGCAGCCGGUGGUGGAGGUGAUGAAGAAGAAGGUGCUUCUGCCGCAGCUGCAGUACCAGUUAAAAAACAAUCUGCUUGGGGUAAGCAACGUAAAGGUAAAGGUGGUAAGGGAGGCAAGAAGUCUGCUAAUAAUCAGAAGCGCAAAGCACCUCCUGUUACCGUAGCGCAAAGCAAAACUACGGCACCUACAAAUGCUGAUAGUCACGAGCAUAAUGACGACUCUGACUCUGAAGCCGAUGCCAGCGAUGUGGAGGAGAAAGAUUGCUCGGGCGAUGAGUCAGACAGUGACAAACCACAAAAUAAUAAGAGUGAGACAUAUGAUGAUGAUGACGACGAUGAAGCUUGGGAGAGACUGCAAGCCAAGCUUAAUAAGCGUGAAAAGCUUGAGGGUAAAUCCCGUAUAUCUCACACAGUACACUGUCCUUAUUUCCCGGAAGAAAAGCAAGAAUACUGGUGGACAUAUAUAUGCGAUCGUAAGUCUCGCUCGCUACUUACAGCUCCCUACCACGUCACAAGUCUGGUGGAUAAGGAGGAAAUACAGUUGAAAUUUACAGCACCGCGUUGGCCGGGCCUGUAUACAUUUACAGUAUGUUUAAGAUCAGACUCGUAUUUGGGCAUGGACCAACAACAAGAAUUGAAAUUGGACGUUAAAAAAGCGCCCGUCCCACCUACAGAUCACCCACAAUGGGAUCUUAGCGAAUCGGAGCCUGAAAAUAAUGAACAGCACGAAAACUCAAGCGAUUUCACGACUGAUAGUUCCGAGGAUGAGGGUACUGACUAAAAACCUUAGAUUGUAUUGCAUUUGUAUAAUGAUCUUACAAUACUUAUAGUUCAUUUUUUAUAAAAUUUGGUUUUCAAAUUUCUUACUUUCUAAUAUAUGUUUGAAUUAAUUGGAUAUAUAGAAAAAUAAGAAUUGCUGGGCGAACCUAAAUACAAAUAAACUAUGAUUAAGAAUA